UGAAUUUCUGGUCGUGUAUCUGCCGUUCGGGUCCCUUCAUAGGCCUUUGAGCCCCGGAGGUGAGCGGCAAUGUCUAUACACGGACCUACACCUGACCCGUAACUGCGGCGGCGCCCAUAGGCAACGGCCUGCAAACAAUUGCCCUUAAACAUACUCCCACCCGAUUCACGUUCUUCCCGAGUGAGUGCAGUAUGAUCCAGCCAUUUUGUCUUGUCUACAAUGAUAUCCAACAGUCACGACAGUCACCCGCAUAAGCACCCAGUGACGUUCUGAAAUCUCUCGCCCGCAAUCAACGCCCGGCAUGCAGCGCGGUCCAUCCAAUACGCGAGGCCAGGACCAGCGUGCACGUAACCACAACGGCCUCAGCAUCAACUCCGAGGCCUCCAGCUCUUCAUCCUAUUACCAGCGCAACCCCUCCGACACAACUCACGCUCGCAGCGCCUCGCCGCCCGCUUCCGCCUAUUUCUCCAACGUUCCCCUGAAUCACGCCCAGGAGCCGCAACCCGCUCCCGAUGCAGGCGCUCACUUUGCGUACAGUACGACGCUGCGGCGGCACCACGGCGAUGAGCUACUGACGCUGGACCACCUGGGAUCGGUGGUGAGGGACGUGCGGGAGGAAGGGCCGUCGGGGCUCUGGCAUAAAGUGACGAGUGCUGUCCAGGGGCGGCUAGGUUAUGAAGCCGUCUCCGCCUCCGAAAACGGGCACACGGUCGAUGGCAAGGCCGACCCGCAAAGGUCGACGCCGUCGGCGCUCUUCGUGCAUUACACGAUCCAGGAUACGGUGGCCCAUUUCCACUCCUCCGAGACUCGUGGACUGCCCGCAUCCGCAGUUCCCGCGAUCCUCGCCAGAGUGGGCUACAAUGAAUUCUCGGUCUCCUCGCCCGAGCCGGUGCUUCUCAAGUUUGCCAAGACGAUCUACGAGAGUCCGUUGAUCCUGCUAUUAUGCGGGAGCGCCGUCGUCAGCGCCGUCAUGGGCAACGUCGACGACGCCGUGAGCAUCACCGUGGCCAUCCUCAUCGUCCUUACUGUUGGAUUUGUUCAGGAACGAAGAUCAGAGAAAAGUCUCGAAGCGUUGAACAAGCUGGUUCCGCACCACUGUCACGUUAUUCGCGACGGCCACACACUUCAUCUACUGGCCAACGAACUCGUCCCUGGCGACUUGGUCACUUUCACUACUGGUGACCGCAUACCCGCUGACGUUCGUAUCACGUCCUCCGUCGACCUCGAGAUCGAUGAGAGCAGCCUCACUGGCGAGACAACUGCGCGCAGAAAGGAUGCUGCGCCGUGUAGAACGAACCAGGGGUAUGCCCAAAUCCCAAGUGAACCCGUCGCGCUCGCCGAGCGCUCCUGCAUCGCAUAUAUGGGAACCUUGGUGCGAAAUGGCAGAGGUUCUGGCAUUGUGAUUGCUACUGGCACCGAGACCGAGUUCGGGGUGAUUUUCAGCAUGAUGCAAGACGUCGAGGAGAAGCGCACACCUCUUCAACUGAGCAUGGACGAGCUUGCGAAGAAGCUGUCAAUGAUAUCGUUCGGUGUGAUCGGUGUGAUCUGCCUUAUCGGCGUCCUGCAACGGCGGUCCUGGUUGGACAUGUUCACAAUCGGAGUCUCUCUCGCGGUGGCUGCUAUACCCGAGGGUUUGCCGAUCGUUACGACUGUCACCCUCGCUUUAGGCGUGCUGCGUAUGGCGAAACGCAAGGCGAUCGUGAAGAAAUUGCAUUCGGUGGAGGCUUUGGGCUCUGUAUCCGUCAUCUGCUCCGAUAAAACAGGGACAUUGACGCAAAACGAGCAAACUGUCGUUGAACUAUAUGCAGUGGACGAAGUUGUCACCAUCGAUCCGCACUCGGCUAUGCCGCAAGCGAAACGGCUGUCACCUGCGAUGACACGCACUCUUGAGAUCGGUUCGCUGUGCAACAAUGCCACGCUAAACGAAGAGGGCCAUUAUGUCGGUCAAGCAACCGAUGUCGCUUUGUUGAACGUACUGUCCCAGUUCGGGUUAUCCGAUCAGCGGCAGGCGUUCACUCGUGCGACUGAGCAGCCCUUCAGCUCGGAGAAGAAGUUCAUGGCAGUCAGCGGUUUCCAUACUUCUUCCAGCACCACCCCUGCAGGUAGUUCUCGAGAGACCUACUACAUCAAGGGCUCGAUCGAUUCAAUUCUCGAUCGAUGCAAGACAUACUAUGUCUCCGAUGAUUCGACUCCUCAUCUUGACUCAAACACGCGCAAGGUUAUCAUGGACAAGGCGCAAGCGACAGCGUCGCGCGGUUUGCGCGUCCUGGCCAUGGCAUCCGGACAUGGACCCGCUGCCGACUUCACCGAUCUGAAAAGCAGUGCACCCUCAGCACCAGCCAGCCGCGCCGCAUCGCCGUUUGCGGAGAAAUCGGGCCUCACCUUCGUUGGCUUCCAGGCCAUGCUCGACCCGCCAAGGAAAGGAGUUGCGGACUCCAUCGGGCUGCUGCAGUCGGGCGGAGUUCAGGUCGUUAUGAUCACAGGCGAUUCGGAGCAGACGGCCCUGGCGAUCGCCCGAGACUUGGGUUUGCGGGUUGCAGGCGGGCACAGGAGCGGGACUCAGUAUCCUCCCGGUGCAUCCGCGACCGGAUUGGGAGGCGGGUGCAUAACUGGCCAGGCUAUUGAUCGGAUGACCAAAGCGCAAUUGAGGGAGGUUGUGGGCGGCGUGAGCGUCUUCGCCAGGACGACCCCGAGGCACAAAAUGGCUAUAGUCGAAGCGUUUCAGUCAAGAGGCGCUGUCGUGGCUAUGACUGGUGAUGGAGUUAACGAUGCUCCGGCGUUAAAGAUGGCGGAUAUCGGUAUCUCCAUGGGCAAGAGCGGGACAGAUGUUGCGAAGGAGGCUGCGGAUAUGAUUCUCGUUGAUGAUAAUUUCAGUACUAUAUUGCCGGCAGUAGAGGAAGGGAAAUCUAUUUUUCAUAAUAUCCAGAAUUUCCUUUCAUUCCAACUGAGCACGGCGGCGGCGGCGUUGACACUGAUCACCUUGAGCACGUUCUUCGGCUUGAGCAAUCCCUUGAACGCGAUGCAAAUCUUGUUCAUCAACAUCCUCAUGGACGGGCCGCCGAGUCAAUCGUUGGGCGUCGAUCCUGUCGAUGCUUCCGUUAUGCGCAAACCUCCACGCAGAAAGAACGAGCCCAUCAUCACUCGCCGACUGUUGUAUCGUGUGCUUUUUUCCGCGUCCAUCAUCGUGGUUGGGACUCUCUUCAUCUACGCUUACGCCUUGUCCGACGAUCAUAUGUCGCGGCGAGAACAAACUAUGACAUUCACUUGCUUCGUCUUCCUCGACCUCGUAUCCGCCCUACAGAAUCGCGGUCUCGGCUGCGCUCUGAUCCAAAACAAGAUGCUUCUCACCACCGUCUCGAUCUCGUUCCUGUCGCAGCUAGCGCUGGUGUAUGUGCCGAUGAUGCAGGCCGUGUUCCAGACCGAAGGUUUAAGCAGUAACGACUUGACAACGUUGCUGCUGUUAGCGGGUGCGAGCUUUGCGCUUCAUGAGGGCAGGAGGAGGUACGAGAGGAAACUGGAGAGGAGCGGGACGUGGGCUAGUGCGGUGGAGGAAAUGGCUUAGGAAUAUCUCGUCGCGUAUUACAGAGCUAUAUGUUAAUGGUUCAGGGUCUACAUACUUCAUAUUUUUAUUGCCGUCUGGAAUAC